AUGGCUCGAACUAGAUCUCAACCAAUUUCUCCCGGUGGCUUCAAGUCCCUUGAGGACCUGCCUCGCAAACGCAGAACGACUAGAUCUACCGCCAAUACUGCGGAAACUGCGAAUGAGAUCACUGUUGCUUCUGCCAGCAGAGACAAUCAGACAACCCGGGUCACCAAAACGACUUCUCGCUCCGCUAAUAAACGCGGGUCCAAGAAAACGACUCGGUCAAAGGCGAAAAAGAACGAAUCGGUUAUCGAUGCCGAAAUUCCCGUUAACGAGCCAAGCUCUAGUAUCGCAGCCGAGCAAUCUACUACUCCAGCUAAAAGUGAGCAUAACAUUUCUUCUUCUCCAGUUGUUAACGUUUCGUCUUCGCAAAAGACCGGACCGGUUUCGCCAGCGAAUCAUUCUGGUGCAACAACCCUUGAACAUUUCGAUAAUCGUUUGGAUAAUCCUCCGCAUGACGGAAUUUUUGGCGUCCCAAGUGGAACUAUUGUCUCGCCACCCGGGGAACGUUCGGUUGCUCCUGCAGCUGAUAUUUUGAAUAAUCGACCUCAACUCCUUCCGUUUAAUGGUCGUGAUACCAAUUUCAACUUGAGUCCAAAGUUCUCUCAAGUCAAUUUUCCUCCUUUGACCAGCAAAGUUUACGAGUUCCUUAAACCUGCUGAUCGUGUUUUUCCUUCUUCUCCUUCUGUCAUCCAAACAAGUCCUGAACCGGACCCAUCGCUCCAAUUGACCUUCGAACUUCAACAGCAUGUUGUGGCUUCUAGUUCUGUCGAUUCGACUACUCAUUCCCCUAUUCCCGUCGAGAAGAAGAGAGUGCCAUUGCAGCCUACUUCGGGAAAUGGGCAAUCAAUUCGUCGGGAGUCGGGGAAAUCACCUCAGUUUUCUCCAAAGUCUUCACUAGUUACUGAUCAUACACCUGGAUCGAAACGUCCUCGAGCCAUUGAUCAGCCGACUCCGGUUGUUGUUACUACUGAAAGACCACCUCAACCCAUCCCUCAGUCAGCCCGCACCGUUGUCACUUCUAAAGGAUCUCCUCACCGCGUCCGUGAGCCAAGUCCGGUUGCCAUUGUUACUGAAAGGCCAGCUCAACCUGCCCCUCAGUCAACCUGCGUCGUUGCCACUACCGAACGAUUUGCUCAACCCGUCCGUGAGCUAAGCCUGGUCGUUAAUACCGUUCAAAGGCCAUCUCAGCCCAUUACUCAGCCACCACGCGUUGUUAUCCCUGCUGAGCGGUCAUCUCAACCUAUUCGUCGACAGAUGCCGUUUAUUCCAAGGCCACCUCCUUAUAUCCCACGCAGUUCUGAAGGUCCUCCCAGACCAGAUGCCCCAAACCCCCUUUUGCGUUACGCUCUUCUUGCAUGUGCUUCAGUGUAUCCCUCCCCUUUCGCAAGUUCCAUCCAACAUGAACCUGCACCGCAAUCCUUUUCGCCCAGUUUAAAUAGUGACAGAAUUCAGGCAGCAGACAUCAAUGCUUCGCCGUCUGUUUCAUUUUCAAAUUCAGCUGUUCCUUCUCCCGCCCAGGAAGUCGCGAAUGCUCCUGCCGCAUAUCGCACAAACUCAGCUGCUUCUGCCGGAUCUGCGUCAAACUCAGCCGUAUCUGAGCAUCAGGAGCCCACAAAGGCUACGGUCGCCACUGGAAUACAAACCACAAGUAUUCCUGCUCCUUCAAAUUCAUUUUGCAGCCCAAUGGAACUUGAUAGCCCGCCAAGACAAUCCAUGGCUACUCAAACGUCCCCAGUUAGGGAAACCGGUCCAACUUGUCCUUGUUGUUCUGCUAUUUUACGUUGCCCUAAUGGUCAUAUUGUUUGGUCUCAAGCUGAAAGUAUUCAGCCUAUGCGAAAUCUGCCGCUAACUCGACCAACUCCAGUCACUCCGACCGAUCGCAAAAGACCGAGAACCGAAGAUCCAUCCGAAGGAGAUAUAGAUCUGCCUUCUGCUAAACGUCGUGACAUCCGAGCUAUCACUCUUGCUCAGCAUAAAAAUCGUCAAGCCGUUCCUUACGGCCAACGCCGCUCUCAAAAGCUAGCUCAGAAGAAGACACCAUUGUUUCUCUUUCGCCAACUGGCUGACGAAGACCAAUCGCCGCAAUCGCCGGAAUCACCAGAACCACCACAUCCUGUGAUUAAAAUCCUCCGGCAUCCGUCAAGUAUCGCUAAGAGCAAUAAGGCUGGCUCAUCAACCGAUACGUCGCAAACUCCAUCAACCCCUUCAAGACCUUGGGGUAUUCGAGGCCUGCUCAGUUCUGUCCCACGCUCGAUUAAUAAACUUUUAAGGACAUCUUUUGGAGAACCAGCUGGAGUCACAGACUCGACGAUUCCGGUUACUACCCCAUCUGCUGAACCCACCCAGUCUACUCCUAUCUUGGCGACAUCAGAGCCCGAAGUCGAGCAUGAAGUCGAGCCUGCCGUUUCGAGCAUUGUUUCCAUUGAUCCUGACACCCUCCCCACCGAACCGUCAAAAGUUAGUGACGAGCAACCCGAAGCAAGCCCCCCUGAACCGAAAAACACGCCUAGCGAGCUGACGUAUUCUCUCUUCCCCAAACCACUUGAUCGCUCCUUGUUUUUCGGUCUCAAAAAGGAUGGCGUAACGUCCAGUGAAAACUCCCAAAAUUCCGAUUCUCUUGCGGCCGCCGAAAUCGUUGAUAAAGUCAAAGCAACUCCAGUUUCCAAGCCCAAAAAGAGAAAGCGGUCUCCUUCACCAGACGUCAUCCCAAACCCCCCGGGUGUAAGCUAUGGCAUGGAUAUGCGAUAUUUCGGCUAUAGCUCAGAAAGUGAAGAAGAGGAAGAGGAACUUCCUCGACCCAAGUCCCCCAAGCUGCAACCACUCUCCGCCAAAGGUAUACUCCGAGAACGGAAGCGUGUCCGAUUUGACGUGAGCCCCCAAGACACUCCGUCGAAGCUUCGGCUUCAACAGAGUUGGGCCACUGCCGGGCCAUCGACACCUUCCCGCGUGGCAAGUACUCGGAGCAACCUGGCAAACGAGGUUGGAUUCGCGGAACAGACCGUUCCCUCGUCUGGCAUCAAGCCAACGAGCAUAGGUUCCGCAAAUAUUCCUUCCUCCCCGGAGAGCCCUCGCGCGCCCUCCCCUCCUAUCACCAACGUCACUGGGACGUACAAGUUGGACUACGACUUGUACUUCAGUGACGAGGAUGACGAGGGAGAGGGCGCACCUUCCCCAAAGGUAGAAGUGUCGUCAGACACUUCUGUGCUUCGUUGGCCAGUGGCCAACCCCUUCACCCCCGUUUCUAGCGGGGGGGUUCGGGGAGUCACGGGCGGGAAGUUUGGUCGUGAAUUCGGCCAGUUGCGGGGUGGACUCGUCGUCUAA